AGUACGCUGUAUGAAGUGCUAACGAACGGUUCAACGGUAUCGAUUUGUGCGUUUUUGUGUGUGAUUUUUUUACUCUCUACAAUCGACGACGCGGCGAUAGAGUUUCUGUCUCAUGCAUCAAUGCUUUCGCAUUUUAAUCGAUGAGUACAAGCGAAUUAAGGUGCUUGAAGGUUUCCAAUAAAAUGAAACGGAUGUAGGUGUUAUUUUGAGUGAUGGAAUUUCGGGGGGGAAGAAAAUGUCGGAAAUUAUCUUACGUUUGAGUGAUUUAUGUGAAAUUUUGAAACAUUUCAACAGCUUAUGUUGAAUAACGAUUCCAAGAAGAAAGAAAAUACCACCAAAACAACCAAUAAAAAAGUGAGAUAAACAGGAUUUAUGGAGCAAGGGAGGAAAACGCUACGAACAAUUCAGAACAAUUGACGGAGGUGGAGAACAAACAUCCGAUUUUAAUUACAAGCGCUACGAGUUUACAGUGAAUAAACCGAUACUAUAUUAAUGUAAAAGUGAAAACAAACACGGUAAAUAAUUCGUGAUUUUUACACGACACAAAAUUGUAUUGCUUUCACAUCGCUCAGCAAAAUUAUUUAUCCGGUAAUUUUUCCGUCACACAUACACAUAUAAACAUAACACAAAAAAAGUAACCGUUCCUUGUAUUGCAUACGUUUUGUCAACAUCAGUAUAGGCACAUUAAUUUUCAAUAUAUCUCGAUUAAGCCAAAAGUGAAGUCGUCAAGGUUGAAGUACGAAAAAUCCAUUAAGUGGAUUUCAGUUCAAUUUUGGGUGCUAAAACAUUUUCAACGCCGAAAAUAACAACCAAAAAAGGGAAUAAAAAUAACGACAACCAAUCAACAGAAGCUCAAGAAGCGAAUUAUGUGUGCUUGGCUUUGUGAUUUAUAGAUUUUUUGCCAAGUUUGAAGCUUUCAACAUUUAUAUUAUUAUUGAUUGUGUAUAUUCUUGUGUGGGAAGGGGAUUUUCCAGUGAUUAUUUUUAACCGCAUAAAAAUCUGCGGAAAAAAAACUGUGGAUGCCAUUUCAAAGCCUGACACGUGACAGAAUUUGAGCCGCACCAAAAUUACCAGAUUUAUUUUGUGAUUCAAUCCAACAUCAAAGCUAACGAAGGCACACACAAAAAGAAAUUGAUGAAAAUAACGGUAUUGUUCAGCAAAAAGGAAGAAAAUAAACGUUUUGUGGUGAAUAAAACAGUGACUUCAGUCGGAAGGACAUAAUUACGAUACAAAAACAUACGAUCAACUCAGCAAAACUGAUCUGCAGUUACACACAGCGGAAAUUUCUCAAAUUGAACAACAAAGCACGGAUUAAACCGUGACCCGAACAGAGGAAGAGAAACGUGAGGAGAGUUCUACUGAAAAUCCGCAUCAUACGGUUCAAAAAGUGGCCACGUUUUGCAUGUCCCACGCUUAAGUUUCACACGAACACGAGCGACCCGAACAAAAAAAAAGAGAGAUCGCAAAGUACUCCUGACAUCGUAACAACGAUACAUUUCACCAAAUGAAAUGCUCUGUACGGAAGGGAAAAUUGCAUGACUAAAGUCUGUAAUAACAUAAAACGUUACAUAGCCCCCGAAAAGAACCCGUUCCGCCGAUAUAAAUGAUGAUGAAGACGACAAUGGUGCGACGAUAUUCACGAUAGGAAAAACCCGUUGAAUCAAUUAUCUAUGGGAAUCUACCCCGUCGCUUGUACUUGUUUAAUGCAGUGCAAUUUCAGUUUUGCGUUUAAUUGAGUAUAUAACUGUGGAAAUUGAGGCAAUUUCAGACACUCUCUAUCUUUGAAUUUUUGUAUGCGGGAACAAGAGUUGUGCAGAGCAACGAGCACCGCUUUGUGGCACAUUUAAAGUGAAGCGAAAAAGAAAGGAAACCACAGACAAUUGCCAGUUGUUCGUGUGCCCACAGCAGAGCUAAAAAUUGUAAAUGUUGAGUUAUCAUCAACGUAUGAACACGUUAAACUGUCGGAAGCCACCGAAUGACAAACGAACUCAUCGGAGAGCGUUGAGAAAUUAAAAUACACGUCAACGUGUGAAGCAGACACAGUGCAAUUUUGUGAAUAAAAAGGACACUUCAAAAGGAUUUAUAUAUCGGGUGGCAAAGGAACUGAUAUAGCAGACGUUUGCAAUUUAAAACCGGUCCAAACUAAAUGAAAUCACUUAAAACUUUACAGUUACAUUUUGAUGAAACUGGUACUCACGGGUUCGCAAUAUUUUCCGAAGUGAAUCGCAAUGUAAAACUGAAAUAAAGCUGUUGAGUUUUUGUACUGGAUAUAUAGUUCAUACAACGGAAGCAAGCAAGCAAAAAAAUUGCCCAAACUUAAUCAAUUCCGUGGAGAGUGUAAUUGCAAAUAAACAACAACAACAAUAACAGACACGACUUGACCAGAGUAACGUCAAACAAAUUAAUCAAAUACUUUUUAAGCGUCAGUUUACAAUUACUUCAGUUCAUCCCAAUCAAAUGAUUAUAGCCCACGCGCACGAUCGAUCGAUUGACACAAAAGUGUUUGUUGAAUUUAGCAAAUUCACGAAUGGAACUCCAUUUGUGAGCAUCUUAAAAGCACACUUAGUCAAAUAAGGGAAAAAAAACAGACGACGAAAAUUUGCUAUUAUUUCAAAAACCCUUUCAACGACAGCGUACAAGAGCAAGCACUCAAAACGGUUUACCUUUUGUUAAAUGGAAUAAAAAUAAAGCUUUUUUUCUUUUCUUCUCAAAGUGUAAAUGAAGUGGAACACGACCCGCUUGACAUACUCAAUUGUGUCGCAGUCGCGUUAAGAGUCUGCACAUUUUCGACAACGAGUCGAACAACAACAGCAAAACAAAAAAAGACAGAACAGACAAGACAAGAGAAAACAGCAAACGAAAUAAGAUUCACAGACUAUAUAGACGGUUGGUAACAGAUUUUUUUUUUGUCGCAGUGAAAAGAGGAACGCCCUGAUAGACCAACAACCAUGUACAACAAAAUGGCGUCAAUUGGCCUGGCGCUGCUAUUCCUAAUGCUCUAUACAGGAACAUGCUACGGUGGUUCAAGGCGAUUUUUAACAGAUUUUUUGCAAGAAUUUCCAACACCUGGCACCGGACCAUAUUUUGAUUCAACAAUACCGUCGAAUAUCACAGGUUUAGUGGGCAAAAAUGUACAUUUAGUAUGCAAAGUAAAAAAUCUCGGCAAUCGAACGGUGUCGUGGGUGCGACAUCGGGAUAUUCAUUUGCUCACAGUCGGCCGAUAUACAUACACAUCUGACCAGCGAUUCGAGGCAUUGCAUUCACCGCACACCGAAGAAUGGACGCUACGAAUUCGAUAUGCUCAACGAAAGGAUUCAGGAAUUUAUGAGUGUCAAAUUUCAACCACGCCGCCCAUUGGCAAAUUCGUCUAUCUAUCGAUAGUUGAGCCAAUCACUGAAAUCCACGGCGGACCGGAUCUAUUCAUUAAUAAGGGUUCAACGAUAAAUUUGACCUGUGUCGUUAAAUUUGCUCCCGAGCCACCACCGCAAAUGGUUUGGUCACACAACUCAGAGGUUAUAAAUUUUGAUUCACCGCGCGGCGGAAUUUCAUUGGUAACGGAAAAGGGUCGUCUCACCACCAGCCGUCUGCUCGUGCAAAAGGCCAUCCAAAGCGAUUCAGGCAUGUACACUUGUGCACCAUCUAAUGCCAAUCCAAUUUCAGUUCGCGUUCACAUACUCAACGAACAUCCCGCUGCAAUGCAUCAUGGCAUAUCGUCAAUACAACACCAACCACCAAAUCUACUGCUAUUGGUCAGUGCAGCAACGUUGCUGGUGCCGUACAUCUAUCAGAAAAUACGACGAAAAUUCGAUGGUGCAAUUGGAAUUAGGUGCUAGGUUUGAACGGUGACUCAUCCUCAACCAUGCCGCCGUGUAAUAAUAAUAAUAAUAAACAAGAAAUUAAUCAAAUUAAUAUUGCCAUUAACAACAAAAAAAAAGAAAGAAAGAUAGACAGUAACGUAAUUAGUACAUUAAAAAUUAUUAUUAAAGAAAAUGAAAUCUACAUAUAGAUUAAAGUUUAACGACUACGACGAUGAUGGCGAGAGGCGGUGGUGAUGGUGGAGAAAGCUGUUUUUUCUAAUAUACAUAUAUAUUUUUUCCGUUAUUUCUUCAUUCAUCCAGACCGUUCGUUGAUUAUUCGCCGAAUCGCCGGUUCGGUUCUCUUCGGGUAAUAUUUAGGAAAUUUUGUGGUGUUUUUGAUUGAUCUCUGUCUGCAUGUGUUUCAAUGUAUAAAAAACAAACAUUAUUAUAAACCAACAAAAAAUUGUCAAACCAAAAAGUUAAAAUAAACAGAGAAAUUGCACAUGAAAAUACCAAACGAGUUCACGUGUCAUAUCGAGGUAUGCUUCAUCGAGCACCUGACACGCACACACACAACGCUAUUUUCAACCGAAAUCAACCACGAAAUAUAGGUUAUAUAUUUAGGUAUAGAGAAUGCGAGACAAACUAACAACCAAAAAAAUAUUAAAUACCAAAUUACAUUAUAAUAAAAUACUAAUUAUUUGCUAAUUAAAUUGAAUUUAGUAUAUUAAUAAUUAAUACGAAAACUAAAUGAAAAAAAAACCCAAAACCAAAAAAAACUAUUGUAAUUAAAACAAAAAAAAACAAAUAUUUCUAACAAAAACAAUAAAAAUUAUACAUUGAGUAGAUCUACUCAAAUAAGAGCAACAAUUCAUGGAGCUACUACUACAAUGAAAAUCAAAUCGGUCGAAGGGACGACAGCUCAAAUAAAACCAUGUUUAUUAAAACAUUAAAACUUUAAAUGACAUUUAUUUCGACGUUUCGUAGACAGAGUCAAUGGGCUGUGUGUAUUCAUUGAACACAGAACACCAGUGCGUUGCAAAUGAAGCGUAAAAUUGGGAAAAAAGUUUUUCGUGUGCGCGAUAUACCUAUAGUGAAAGGUUG